ACGGCGCGUGCGCAACAGAGUCUUAGAGGAGCAGUUAGCCACCAGCGAUUAGUGAACACCACAAACAGGCGACCACAACAUGAAGUGCUUUUUCAUCCUGAUAGCGACGAGCCUGGUGCUCGGUGCCUGGGCCCAGGACGCGGCGGAGUCCGACCUGGAGCAGGUGGCCUCGGCAUCGGCUCCGGAGGCGGUGGCAGUGGAGGAUCAGGUGAGCGCCGCCAGCAGCUAUGCGCCGCUGCAGGAUAAGAAGCAGGAGAAGCGAUAUGUUGGUGGAUACGGUGGCUACGGGGCAGGAUACGGCGGCUACGGAGGAGCUGGAUACGGAGCAGGAUAUGGGGCAGGAUACGGGGGCUAUGGCUCUGGCCUGGCAGCCGGUUACGGAGGAGCCUACGGCAGUGGCGUCGGAGUGGACGGCUACUACAACCCGUACGGCUCGCGAUCUCUGGGUGGACUAGGUGAGGAUGGCGCCGGCUAUGGAGGCUAUGGAUCCGCUCUCGGUGGCUAUGGAUCGGGACUGGGCGGCUAUGGCUCUGCCCUGGGCGGCGGCUAUGGAUCGGGACUGGGAGGCUAUGCUGGCUCCUACAACUCGAAUCCCUAUGCGCUGUCCUACUACAACAGCAGACUGGGCGCCGGAGCCGGCACUGGUUAUCCGUACUACAACACGCGGUUCGGCGCCGGAGGAUACCCGUCCAGCUACUACACGAGCAACUACGGCAACAGCGUGGUGGGCGGUGGCCUGGGCGCCCUGGGCGGAGUGCCGCCCAUCGGAUCGGGGUACAACUACGGAUCCGGCAUCUCGGGCACCGUCUACUAGAAGGAGCUGGG